ACCAGAGCCCUCCUCCCGCACUUUGUCUCGACUCGGGCUCCUGGCUGCUGCGUAGCGGGAACCGGACUUCUGCAGUCACGAGCCUCAGACCCCAGAUUGGCAGUUGGCGACAUGGCGGAGGGCAGGACUGAUAACCUCUCCGUGGUGGUGCACGGACCCGGAGACCUGCGCCUGGAAAACUAUCCAAUUCAUGAACCAGGCCCAAAUGAGGUGCUGCUAAAAAUGCAUUCGGUUGGCAUCUGUGGCUCUGAUAUCCACUACUGGAAGCACGGUCGGAUUGGAGAAUUUGUGGUUAAAAAGCCAAUGGUUCUGGGACAUGAAGCCUCAGGAACUGUGGUGAAGGUGGGAGCCAUGGUAAAGAACCUUCUCCCAGGUGACAGGGUUGCCAUCGAGCCAGGUGUUCCUCGAGACACCGAUGAAUUUUGUAAGAUUGGCAGAUACAAUCUGUCUCCCACCAUCUUCUUCUGUGCUACGCCCCCCGACGAUGGGAACCUCUGCAGGUUUUACAAUCACAACGCGGAUUUCUGCUACAAACUCCCUGACAACGUCACGUUUGAAGAAGGGGCCCUGAUCGAGCCACUCUCUGUGGGGAUCUAUGCCUGUCGGAGAGGUGGAGUCACUCUGGGAAGCAAUGUCCUUGUGUGUGGAGCUGGACCAAUUGGAAUGGUCACCUUGCUGGUGGCUAAAGCAAUGGGUGCGGCUAAGGUGGGAGUGCUUGAUGUGAACAGCUCCCGACUGGAAAAAGCCAAAGAAUGUGGGGCCACUCUCACCCUCCACAUAAAUAAGGAGAGCCCUCAGGAAAUUGCCAAGAAGAUAGAAAGUCUCUUUGGACAAAAACCAGAAAUCACCAUUGAAUGCACUGGAGUGGAAUCUUCUAUCCAGACCAGCAUUUAUGCCACUCAUUCUGGUGGGACUGUAGUGCUAGUAGGGAUGGGUGCUGAGAUGGCCACUGUCCCCCUGGUACAUGCAGCAGUGCGGGAAGUGGACAUCAAAGGCGUGUUUCGAUAUUGCAAUACAUGGCCCAUGGCGAUCUCCAUGCUUGCAUCUAAGUCACUGAAUGUCAAGCCCUUAGUGACCCACAGAUUUCCUCUGGAAAAGGCUCUGGAGGCCUUUGAAACCUCCAGUAAGGGAUUAGGCUUAAAAGUCAUGCUUAAAUGUGACCCCAACGACCAGAAUCCCUAGGAUCGAUGUGAGUUCUUUCCCUUCGCCCUCCACCCUCCUUCUCUCCACUCAGAGGCUCGCUGACCACAGUGCUUUGGAGGGGAUGGACUUUUUUGUUGAAGUGAUUUAUUUGGAAUCAUUCAGAGUAAAUAAAAAUGACAUAGUCUAACAGGGGAGCUUAAUCCUGGAAGUAAUUUACAAUUAAAAUGCAAACAGGGAGAACUUUGGGGGAAUUUGUAGCAGUGGUUACUCGUUUAUGCUGGGCAAAGUUCACUCAAGCAGAGCAGAGUUUGGCUAUCAGGGUGGAGGAACUCCCUAUCUUCCUGGUGUGUUGUAGUUGGGCAAUGCUGGGAAUUUGGAACCUUGAGACAUGUGCCACUUGUCCCAUUUCACCAAGAAAUGAGGAGGAUGGCCAAGGCUGGGGCAGUGAUCCUUCAGUGGAUCAUCUCUGCUAUAGUACACAUGUCUCCCUGGAAUCUGUAGGUGGUACCCUCAGGGGCUUAGAGAGGGGGGCAGAAGAUCAAUCAUUUCUGUCCAAAGCAGUGUUGGCAGUGAAUGGGUGUUUUAACAAACACUUGUUCCAUUUAAAGAGGAAAGGAGGGGGCAGCUAGAUGACACAGUGGUUAAAACACUGGCCCUGGAUUCAGGAGUAGCUGAGUUCAAAUCUGGUCUCAGACACUUGAUACUUACUAGCUGUGUGACCCUGGGCAAGUCACUUAACCCUCAUUGCCCCACCCCACCCCCCCAAAAAAAGAGGAAAGGAAAAUGGGAAAGGUAGCUUAGUCCUCCUUAGGGUUUAUGGUAACUUUUGAAAAGUGAAAUUACUGGAUUGGUUUUCUUUCCUUGAAUGUAAAUACCCUUUAGUGGUGGCUUUAAUUGCUAAGACCCAUCAGACCUCUAGCAGCUAGGGAAAAGUCUGGGGAGAGGAACUGACCUAAGUGGCCCAAGGGAUGAAACUUUACCUCCCAGAUUCUCUUAUUUCCAGAGAGCCACUCAGGCCCCUCUAAAACAAAGGUGCUCCCCACACCCCAGGCAGUCCCAAAGGGGGUUCGUCCACCAUUCCCAAGUAUAUUGCUUGAUUUAAUUCUCAAAUUGAGGAACCCACAAAUUUCCUCAGCUAAGGCUAAACAUGGGGAAAUUUAGGGUCAGUAGCCCCCCUAAAUUGUCCCCCAAACAAGGAACCUGUGAAAAUAGAGAUAUUAAAAAGAAAAAAAAAUUGACUUGUUCUAAGAGAAGACACUUUAAAGAAGCUUUCGUCUGGCCAAGAGGAUUUUAGUCAGUGCCUUUGUCUCCCGUAUAGCCACUUGGAUUUGAAUCUCCUUUAGCAUCUCAUUAUGAACCACCCAGACAGCUCUCAUAAGCACUGUAAUGAUUAAAAACCAAUUUUAUUUAAUUCUGCAGUUUCUCUGCAGCUUUAGCAGAUGUGAAAUCUUUCUUUUUCUAAUCAGUAAAGGAUAAAUGUUUGGGGCAGCUAAGGUGGCGCAGUGGAUUAAGUCACUUAAACCCCAUUGUCCCACCAAAAAAAAAAAGGAUAAAUGUCAGACUUAAGAAGCUCUCUUACUCUUUCAUCAUUCCCCCUUCUCUCACUUCUUUGGCCUUCCUUCCUCCUCCUCUGCCCAGCCUCCAACUCAAGCUGAGACCAGGAGCUGGAGAGAGAGAGGGAGAGCGAGAGCAAGAGCAAGCAUGAGCGCAUGGCCUCCAACUGCUUGAUACCUCCUGGGAGUUCCCCCCUUUAUCUGAGCCAAGGUUCUUUGGCACCUCGAGGCUGGACUCCCUGUUUCCUGGAGAUCUCUCUUAUGUAGGGUUGGGCUAAACCAAGGUCUGCAUUCUCUAGCUUAUAUAUGGAACUCUGAAUUACUUUUCAUUGAUCAGGAAGUUUUGGGGGUGGGAAUCUGUGAUUACUAGUACCCUGAGAUGAUAAGGGUAAUAAAAUCUGUUUAUAAUA